AUGGCACUGCUUCUGCGUAUGAUCUCUGAUUCUUCUUUAGUUAUUCGAGCUCUGCCAUCAAUUGGGAGGAAUGAUUCGAUCCUUGGUUUGGUGUCCCGACCUGUCCCUUCCCUCCAACCGCCAUGGUUCGACCUUCGUCGAUUUUAUGGAUUUGGGGGGCGGGGGGAUCGAUAUCCCUCAUCGGUGGCUCUCCUUGUGUUACGAUGGGUUGAUUCAUCGUUAGCAAUGGAUGAGUGGUUGGAAUGUUGUAUUGAUAGUAAGCCUGUAAAACAAAACUGUUACGAAGGUGAUGGUAAACUGCUGAUGGUAAUGGAGGUUCUUUCUAGACCUCAACCAGAACCACAGGGAUCUCCUUUUGCUGCGAGCUCCAACAACAACAAUCAAAAGGGUACUUUCAGUCACUUCUCUAAAGCUCCAAAACUUGAUUUUCCUAGAUUUUCUGGUGAUAACCCUCGCAGUUGGAUAUGUAAGUGUGAGAGGUUCUUUCAGAUCCACUCAACUGUUGAUGAACAAAAGACAAAAAUUACUUCUUUAUACUUGGAAGGCAAAGUUGAUUCUUGGUUUCUAGAUUUCCUUACUGGUAAAACCUUCAUCUAUUGGCUUGUUUUUGUUGAAGCUAUUUGUAAUCGUUUUGAGGAUCUAGAAAAUGAUAACUAUGUGGGAUGUUUUAAAAAAUUGUCUCAACUUACAUCUGUUGAAGAAUAUUUUGAGCAGUUUGAACAAUUAAAGGCCUUAAUGCUGAGUAAAAACCCUCAUCUUACUGAGGAGUACUUUAUACUGAGCUUUAUCAGUGGGUUAAAAGAAGUUCUUAAGAGCUCAGUUCAGAUGCACAAACCUACAACACUCUCUCAAUCUUUUUUUUUGGCUAGAUUACAAAAAGUUGCACUUGCAUCUCAACAGCAACCUUCAAACCCCAUCUCACUCAAAUCACCUCCAACUACUUCUGGUUUUAGCAGAUUUUCUAGUUCCAAACCAAUUCUUCCACCUUCCACUUUUGGAGCAUCCACAUCCAAUACAUCAGCUCCUCCAAACACACCACCUAAAACUCCCUAUAUACCACCAAUCAGAAGACUCUCUUAUGAGCAGAUGAGUAAAAGAAGAUCCCAAGGACUUUGCUUCAAUUGUGAUGACAAAUACCAACCAGGUCAUAGAUGCAAGUCCCAACAGUUAUUUUUGAUGGUGGCUGAUAAUGAAGCUGACGAAGUAGAACCUUCACAAGUGCCUAUGGAAGAGCAAUUCGUUGACUCGGAUAUGGAGAUUUCUUGUCAUGCUCUUACUGGCAAUGCCAAUCCUGACACCAUUAGAAUCCCAGGAUUCAUUAAAAAGAAAGCUAUAAUUGUUCUAAUUGACACAGGUAGUACUCAUAGCUUCAUUGACUCUGCUCUUGCAACUCAAUUAGGUUGUGAAGUCCACCCUACUGCUCACAUGUUAGUUACUGUGGCUAAUGGAGCUAAAACUACAAGCACUGGAAUCUAUCAACAACUCCAAUGGACAAUGCAACAACAACAAUUUUUUGCAAACUUGAGAUUACUUUCUCUAGGAGGGUGUGAUAUAGUUUUGGGGUCUGAUUGGCUGAGAACCUUAGGAGAUGUCACCUUUAACUUGGCCAAACUUUUUAUUUCCUUUAUUCACAAUGGUCAAGAGAUUACUCUCCAAGCUGACAUACCCACACUUGUUCAAGAAGUACUCAACACAUUCUCUGAUGUCUUUGAGGAGCCAACACAAUUACCACCACCCAGAAUUUUGGACCACCAAAUUCCUCUUAAACCUGAUUCACAAGCUGUCAAUCUCAGACCAUAUAAAUGCCCUUACAUCCACAAGAAGCUCAAUUUCAUAAUCAUCCAGGAUAAAUUACCUAUCACUGUUAUUGAAGAGAUUUUGGAUGAGUUACAUGGAUUAAGAAUUUUUACUAAGCUGGAUUUAAGAGCUGAUUCUCUAGAAUACUUAGGCCACAUUAUUACUUCAGAUGGAGUGGUUGUUGAUCCUGAAAAGAUUGCUUGUAUGAAGUCUUGGCCUAUUCCUACUACUCUCAAGCAGUUAAGAGGUUUCUUGGGCCUCACAGGCUACUAUAGAAAGUUUGUAAAAGGUUAUGGCACAAUCAGUAAACCUCUCACUGAUUUACUAAAGAAAAAUUCCUUAUUUUGGUCUUCAUUAGAUGAAGAAGCUUUCAAUACCCUUAAAAAUGCUAUGUGCACUACUCUUGUGCUUGCACUUCCCGAUUUCACCAAACAAUUUGUGGUAGAAACUGAUGCAUGUUCUAGAGGCGUUGGAUCUCUUCUCAUGCAGGAAGGGAGCGUCAUUGCUUUCUACAACAAGCUAUUAGGUUCAAAAGCUUUGGGACUAUCUACUUAUGAGAAAGAGUUGUUGGCUGUUGUCAAUACAGUAACCCAAUAG